UGUCGAUAUCAGUUGUAGUAGCCUUGCCGCCUCUCUAAUUUAUGCCCGGCGUCCAUUUUAUUCGUCUCGGCCAUUGAGUCAUAUACAUGAACUUUCAUUAUUUUUGUUUUACACUAUUGGACAGUUUAUUUAUCUCGUUAUGAUUGCACGAAAUAUGUUUCACUGUUGUAAUAAAGAAAUAUUCGACAAAUUGCAGAAGCAGUUAUCGCUUUGUUCUAAAUGCUUUGGGCAACACUGGGACCUGUUCAGACAAAGAAACACGAUCCGAUAUUAUUUUGCCUAAAUCUCCCGUUUUCGAUCACACCUUCAGUGGAAUCACAUUUGGUAUGAAUAAAAACCGAUUUAUUGUUUUCUUGCUCUUCCUGUCGUCCAGCACAUAUGCGAAGCGAUAAUGAAAAAUAAAAAUUCCAGCAGUUUUGCCCAUAAUUCGUUUCUUGAUUUGUCGAAAGUUUUCAUUUGGUGACUGGCUGUCAUAUGGGACCACCAAUUAUGCGUUUUAAAUCUUCUGAGCAUGAUGUAGCCCAGUGUUACACCAUUCUGAGUGCCAACAGUUAUUUAAAUUUAUAUUAGAUGAUGAAUUUGCUGCACCAACUUAGUACAGAUGCAAUGCUGGAAAAUGGUGAAGAUAUUUGUUGGAAACCUGAGCCAGUCUACGGCGAGGGAAGAUAUACAGUUGAUGUUUGAAAAGUAUGGAAAAGUUACUGAAUGUGAUGUAUUGAAAAACUAUGGAUUUGUGCAUAUGGCAAGUUCAGAUGAGGCAGAGAAAGCUAUUCAGGAACUGGACGGAGCAUCAGUGAAAGGCAGCAGAAUGAGAGUGGAGAAAUCAACAGGAAAGUCUUCUAGAGGAGGAGGAGGAGGCAGAGGUGGUGGAGGAAAAAUGUCUCGUGGUCGUGGUGGUGGAGGUAGAGGGGGAGACAGAUAUGGCGGAGGUGGUGGUGGGGGUGGAUAUGGUGAUCCAUACAGACGUCCACCACCUUAUGGCGGUGGUGGUGGUGGUGGUGGCAGAGAUUCUUAUGACAGAUAUGGGGGUGGAUCAAGAGACAGGAUGCCCAUCAGCAGAGGGUAUGAUUCUUAUGACAGACGUCCACCACCAAUGGAUGACUAUAGAGACAGAUAUGGCGGAGGUGGUGGUGGUGGCUAUGGAAGUUAUGACGCUCGUCGUAGUGAGUAUGACAGGUAUGAACGACCCCCUGCACGAGAUCCAUACUACAGUGACCGUGGUGCCGCUGCCCGUCCCCCACCUGAGUACUACAACAGAAGGUAAACCACCUCCUCCAGGACCAGAAGAUGACAGACUAACAGGAUAUUCAAAUGGACAUGAUGCUGAUAAUUAUUAUGACAGAUUUUACAAGAAACCCGCACCGCCGCCACUGACACAAAAAUCAGUUUCACAAGGAUUCUUACAGAGUGAACCAUACUACUUUUAACCAGUCAUAUCAUUAAGUGUUGUUAUUCCGUCAAAUCAUGGAACCAAAUCAUGGAACCAAAUCAUGGAACCAAUUCCACCAGACCAAGGCAUUUUUUUAUUCGUUUUGUUUAUCCUGUUAGUUUGUUUGAGAUCAAAGUAUACUUAAACAAUUAUUUUAUAUAUGUUCAUUGUUGUCAUACAUGAAUCAUUGUGCAUAAUCGUCAUCACUUUUUUUAUAUCAUGAAUUUUGUGUGUAUGUAUGAACUAAUUUACAUUGUUCUGUCAAUUAUGUGUAACAGGGUUGUAAGUGUGGUACUUACAUGGACUCUUUUUAAUAAAUCUUUUGAGAGGACAGAAGUUAAUAAUCUCAAUUUAUUUUUAUUCUUCUUAGCUACAGCCUAAUUAAGACCCUAAAUGAUAGUUCAAUAUAUGAAUGAUAGUUUCACUGUACCUUAGGAUUUUGAACAAAUUUUUAUAUCAAUGGAACAGUAGAAUCUCUCAUUUCAUUAGAAUUCAAAGGUCAAAAGUUUAUAUGAGAAUUGCAAGCUGUUUCUGUUUCAGAAUUUAUAUUUACAUAUUACUGUUUCAAUGGGGCUAAAGAUGACAAUCUGAUUAUGGUUUAAAUGUACUUGGUAAAUAGCUGGCUGAUAUUCUUAUUUAAUUUUUCCGCCUGAUGAAAUUGUAUUGAAUAAAAAAAAUGCGAAAAAAACAGGGAUCAUUUUUUUUUGUACACAUUGUUUUUAUCCUGAUUUGUUCAUUUCAUUGUGAAUGAAAUGAUUAGAAUGAUUUCAUGUUGAUACAAUGAAAUGGUCCCAACUGUAAAAAGUUGUCAGCAAAGAAAGAAAAAAAGAUUUCAACCUGAGGUAAUUCUCUAUUUCACUAAGUUAGUGCCUUGUGUACUUUGUAUUUAUUAUUUUUUGGAUACCUUUGAUAAAGAUCUGUACAUGUUGUAUGCAGAAUUUGUGGACAAUUUU